AUGCGGCCGUCGCGCGCCGUCUCGCUCCUCCUCCUCUGGGAUCGCUGGGAGCACCUCUCCGUCGUCGUUCUCGGCCACCCCCAACGGGGUGACCCGGACACGGAGGAGCAGUUGGACCGCGUCAGCGGCGACGGAUGGGUGGCAGCGAAGGACGGCGAUUAUGCCGACGCCCUCGCCAAGGGCCACACGGUCAUCCUCCUCGUGACCGAGUCGACCGGAGCAUUCUCCGCCGACCUCGAUCGCGUCCUCCGCCAGCUUGCGAGGACCGCACGCGCCAGCGAAGCGAGCGGCAGCCGACACGCCCGCUUCGGGAUCGUGGGGCUGCGCCGGCGCGAGCUUUGCUUCGCUCUCAGCGACAGCGGCAUCUGGAGGUGGUAGCGCUUGCUCGUGGGGAUCGAGCGGCGGCGGCGGCUUUGCGGAUGUCGCGGCGGGCGGCGGCGGCUUUGGCGCCGUCGCGGCGAACGCCGGCGCCGCGGCCGGCUUUGGCUCCAGCAGCAGCACGCUAAACCCCGACGCCGCCGAGUUCGUGCCGGGCGGGGGCGGCGCGGGCGGCGGGGGCGGCGGGGGCGACGGCGAGGCGGCGCCUGCGGAUGCCGCGGACGAGGAGGGGGCGGCGGCGGAGCCCUCCAUCUCCGCUGCGCCCGGCAAGGGCGAGGAGGAGGAGGUUUGCGCACACCGCGUGCGGGCGAAGCUGUUCCUGCUGUCGGGUCGCGAGGUGCGCCGAGGUGGUGACGGCGCCGAGGCGCCCUCCGCCGAGGGUGCGAAGCCAGCGCCGAACGGCGAGGCGGCGGCACGCGAGGGCGGCGGUGACGGCGGCGGCGGUGGCAACGGCGUCGGAGGAGGGGAGGACGCGGGCGGCGGUGCGGGCGAGGGCGACGGCGCUGAGCAUGGGGCGGAUGGCGCGGGCGAGGGCGGCGCGGGCGAGGGCGGUGGGGGCGAGGGCGGUGGGGGCGAGGGCGGCGCGAA